CAUAGUAUCGAUACUACAGCUAAUGCUCUUCUUGUUUCAUUUCCAAGGUGUUACAUAAACAUCAGAUGUACUAGUUGGAUCUAGCUGCUGCAGGAUGGUUCUGCUGGUGCACGCCCUGGCCUGCGCCUUUGGGAUGGGCUCCUGGGUGGCGGUGAACGGCCUGUGGGUGGAACUGCCACUCAUUGUCAACGCUCUCCCCGAAGGCUGGGAGCUGCCCUCCUACCUGACUGUUAUCAUCCAGCUAGCCAACGUGGGACCUUUGUUUAUCACCGUCAUGCACAAACUUGGCCCAGGUCGGCUAAACGAGCAGGCCGCCAUCUACACCAUCCUCUCCAUCGGAGUCCUCUCGUGCCUUUUGUUGGCCUUCUUCUGGGAUGAAACAAGCAUUGUGGCUGGUGCUUCACACAGCACGGCCUUCUUCAUCAUCACCUUCUUCCUCUCGCUGGUGGACUGCACCUCCUCUGUCACUUUUCUGCCUUUCAUGAUGCAGUUCCCAGCAAAGUACAUCACUACAUAUUACAUCGGAGAAGGGCUAAGCGGAUUCAUUCCUGGCAUCGCUGCUCUGGCCCAAGGCGUGGGCAUGGCCAAGUGUGUUAACUCUUCUCAGGCAGCGGGAAACCACACAAGCGGAAACGAGUGGUUCCUCCAAACGCAGUAUCUCCCACCUAACUUUUCCACUGAGGUGUUUUUCUUCUUCCUGACAGCCAUGAUGGGCAUAAGCCUGUCUGCUUUUGUGGCACUGAACAGGCUUCGUCGGCCGUCUGAUGAAAACCUGGCGGCAGAGUUAGUGGAAUCAGUCUGUUCAGGACUAGACAAUCCUGCUGAAGACACCGAUGGAGAUGACUUAGAUGGGCAGAAAAAGGAGCAGAGCCACAUAGAGCCUCCUCUGGAAGGCUCCAAUCACUCGGUGUACCAGCUGACAUUCAUCUACUUCCUCGUGGUGUGGGUCAGUGGUGCUACAAAUGGCGUGCUGCCCGCCGUGCAGACGUACUCGUGCAUUCCAUACGGGCACCUGGCCUAUCACCUUUCUGCUGGUCUGUCUUCAGUGGCUAAUCCAGUGGCUUGUACCAUUGCAAUGUUCUUCCAAAACAGGUCUCUUACCUUCCUGGGUGUGUUGACGAUGUUGGGGACAGUCUUCGGCAGCUAUAACAUGGCCAUGGCUGCUAUGAGCCCAUGCCCUUUACUCCAAGGGUCUGUGGUGGGAGAAGUCCUCAUUCUGCUCUCGUGGGUCUUUUUCACUGGAACGCUGUCCUACGUCCAAGUGAUGGUGGGCAUCAUCCUGCGAGACCACAGCCACAGUGCACUGGUUUGGUGUGGCGCUGCAUCACAAAUGGGAUCGCUGGUUGGCUCGCUUGUCAUGUUCCCACUGGUCAACAUCCUAAAGCUCUUCAAGUCUGGGGACUUCUGCAACACUAAAUGCCCCAAAUAAAAUCCCAAAC